UAUACAUCUAUAAUACAGUUGAACAAAGCUCUCGUAAGUUAGAAACUAAAAAAUGGCCCUACAAUGUUCGUUUUUCUUCAUUCCAUGCAUGCUGCUUAUCUCGUCCCUGGUCACCGCCCGAGCAGACACAACCACCGACGGAGAACUACUUUCUUCCAUGAUCGGAGUUCAAGGUCUUAUCUACUGUAAACAAGGAUCCAAGCUUACCCCUCUCCAAGGUGCGGUGGCGAGGGUGACAUGCGAGACGGCGGACGAAUACGGUUACGAGGGAGAGGACGUGACGGUGCUCAGCCAAGCGACGGAUGCUAAGGGUUAUUUCCUGGCGACGCUUUCUCCAUCGGAGGUGAAGGGGUUAAAGAAGAAGGUGAUCAAGAUUAAAGAGUGCAGAGCGUUUCUUGAGCUUUCUCCAGCUGAUACCUGUUCUUAUCCGACUGAGAUCAACCGUGGAAUUAGCGGAGCCAUUCUCCAGACAUAUCGUCUCUUAGAAAACAAGCUUAAGAUGAAGCUCUUCACCGUUGGUCCUUUCGUGUUCUCCCCUGAGGAAACUCAGGAUAAGUCUAUCCCCGAUGGUUACUAAAUAUGAUUUAACAAUCCUUUUUUCUAUACAUGCCUUAAACGGGCGUCAGUGGGACACAUGAUUUUGUGAUCCCACAAUUGUCAAACGUUGUUUUCUUUCUUGUUUAACAUCCACCACUUGCUUCCUUGUUUUGAAAUC